AUGGAGGAGACGUACCUUCUCAACUACCCAGGAGUCAGGAAGAAGAUUCUGGCUGGAGGCAGGGGACCGCUGCCACACUUUCCACCUGGGACAAAGCUGGUGUUCCACUUCCAGACGCUUUUAGACAAUUUUGAGCGGACGGUCAUCGAUGACAGUCGACUGGCUGGAAGGCCAGCUGAGAUAUUUGUUGGAAAAAUGUUCAAGAUGGAGGUCUGGGAGACCCUGCUGACGUCCAUGAGGACUGGGGAGGUGGCUGAGUUCUGGUGUGAUGCCAUUCACACAGGGUUGUAUCCAAUUGUGUCCAAGGGAAUGAGGUUGAUCGCUCAAGGGAAAGACCCCCUAGAAGGCCAAAGACAUAUGUGUGGCAUGGGAAACGUGUUCCACUUUCACUCCACUGGCUUCCCAGAGUUGGAUGACCUAAUGAGAACUCCUCAACCACUUAUAUUUAUCAUGGAACUGUUGCAGGUUGGAGACCCUAUGUCCUACCACAGGGAGUCAUGGAUGAUGGACAAGGAUGAGAAGCUGCAAACGGUGCCAAUCCUUCACAUGCAGGGCAAUGCACUGGUCAAGCAGAGAGAAUUCAGAGAGGCUUCCAGCAAGUACAAAGAGGCUGUGCUGCUGCUGAAAACAGUCCAGAGCAGAGAGAUGCCGGGCAAUAUAGAUUACAUUCACUUGGGUCGAAUGAUCAUUCCCCUGGAGUUGAACUACUGCCAGUGCAUGUUGGAGCUGGAGGAGUAUUAUGAAGUGAUAGAGCACACAACUGAACUGCUGGAGAAACACAAAGACUGUGUGAAGGGCUACUACAAGAGAGCCAAGGCCCACACUGCCGUGUGGAAUGCAGAGGAGGCCCAGAGAGACUUCAACAUGGUGGCCCACCUGGACGUCACUCUGGCGUCGCUUGUCAAUCGAGACCUGAAGGACCUGUCAGAACGCAUGAAGGAGAAGUACUGGGAGGAGAAGGAGAAAUACUGGAACAUGCUGGAGAUGAAGAAGAACAAAAAUGAAGAUGAUGAGGAGGUGGAGGAACAGGAGAGAGAAGAAGGAAAACAAGAGAGUGAAAGUGUGACCACAGAGAGUAAAGAUGAAGUAGGGAAGGAUGAAGAAGGCAAACAUGGAGGAAAUAAAGAAGGCGCUGCAAAAGUUGCACUGGCUGAGGGAGCAGAAAAUGAAGAGGAUGCAAGCUCUUCUAAGACCAAGCCAUUUGCUUCAGGUACAACAGAGGGGAAGGACUGGCAGCAGAUGUUACGACUCAUCAUGUUGCUGGAGAAAGAAGGAAAGUUCCUCAUAAAAGAAAACCACUUUCAAGAUGCUUCUGCAAAGCUCAAGGAGGCCAUAGAAUAUGUGGACGUCCUUCAGAAUACGGUUAGUGGAACUGAUUAUAUAGUUGUGUGAAAGCACGCACACAAGUAAUGUAGUAAAACCUUUUGUUGUGAUGACGAUUCUCCAGGUGGACUUCAGAAUAGAUUCUCACCAUAUUAACAACCGCCAGUUCAAUCCAUUCAGUGUAAUGAAUGGUCAAAUGUGCCAGAAAGGCUUAGAAAACGAUUGUGGCUUGUAAACUAUAAUCAUCUGUCAUUGUGGCUUUUUUAGUGAAGAGCAGCUGUGGUAUUGUAGGUACGCUGGCGAAGUGAAGAGCAGGGAAAAAGUGCUAAAAAUAACAGCUAUCCACAGAGAUAUCACUGUGACAACACUCGCCGGUGCUCCUUUUCUCUUUCUUAAACUCCCUCAUUCUCCCACACCUGUCUAAACUACCUUGUGCUUUUCGCACACAACAAAUUCCUUCUUCUCUUCCAUAUUGAUUUCUCCUCCUCCUAUUCUUACAGUCCUUUACCUUCUCUCGCCAUCAUUUUCAACAUCAUCCCUCCUAACCCUUUAUGUUUUCAUUACUCUGUUGUCUUUAAACAGCCACCAUCUCAACCCUCAUCCUGUCCUCUCUGUGUACUCAACAGGCGGAUCAACAGGGCGAGGACUGGGAGUUGCUGGAGAAAGUGCGUCUUCCG